AUGUCGGGCAUCGACCGACAGAUUAUGGUACACGAACUGAACAUCAAGGAAGGUCAUUUACCAAUCAAACAGAAGUUGCGGCAUCAAGGCGUAGAGCGCAACCAAGCUACUGCUGAGGAAAUCCACAAAUUGUUGGAGGCAGGGUUUAUCCGGGAGUGUCAAUACUCAGAGUGGCUCUCUAAUGUGGUCUUGGCAAAGAAGCCAAACGGAACCUGGCGAAUGUGCAUCGACUUCACAGAUCUAAAUAAAGCUUGCCCCAAGGAUGACUAUCCUCUGCCAAAAAUUGACAGGCUCGUCGACUCGACGGCUGGACACGGCCUGUUCAGCUUUAUGGAUGCCAAUGCAGGCUAUCAUCAGAUUCCCAUGUCCGAAAAAGACCAAGCCCACACUGCCUUCAUCACCAGCCAAGGAGUAUAUUGCUACAAAGUGAUGCCCUUCGGGCUAAAAAAUGCAGGGGCAACUUACCAGAGGCUAGUUAACAAAAUCUUUGGAGAACAGAUUGGGAGGAACAUCGAAGUGUAUGUUGAUGACAUGAUCGUCAAGAGCAAACUCCCUGAAGAGCACUCUUCCGACCUCGAAGAAACGCUCAAGACCCUACGCCUACACAACAUGAAGCUCAAUCCAAAGAAAUGCGUGUUUAGAGUCAAAGGUGGGAAGUGCCUCGGAUUCCUUGUGGACGAAAGGGGAAUCGAAGCGAAUCCUGACAAAAUACAGGCGCUCCUCGACAUGAAAUCCCCCCGGUCAGUCAAGGAAGUCCAAAGACUCACUGGAUGCAUAGCAGCCCUCGGCAGGUUCUUGUCCCGAUCAGCUGCUAAAAGUCUUGCUUUCUUCAAAGUGCUAAAAGGAACAGGGUUUAAUUGGAAUGCCGAAGCCGAGGCCGCUUUCCAACAACUGAAGGCACAUCUCUCGACCAUUCCCAAGUUGGUCUUGCCGUUGGCAGGAGAAACUUUAUACCUUUACUUGGGCAUCACUGAGUAUGCACUUAGCGCGGUCCUUGUCGUCGAAAGAGAGAAACAGCAACACCCAGUAUACUUCAUUAGCCACGCAUUCCGAGGAGUAGAAGCCAAGUAUCCACUCAUUGAGAAAAUGGUAUAUGCUCUAGUGAUAGCCAGUCGAAAACUCAAACCAUACUUCCAGGCAUAUCCAAUCAAGGUCCUGACAAGCCAACCUCUGAGAAAGGUGAUUGAGAGUCGAAACCAUUCAAACCGCAUGACUGAAUGGGCAAACCAGCUCUCGGAUUUCGGCCUGGAAUACGAGCCGAGGAGGGCUAUCAAGGCACAAGCCCUCGUCGACUUCAUCGUCGAAUGCACUAAUCGGCCACCCAAAAAAGAUACGGCAAGCCAAAAGUCGUGGGAACUUUAUGUUGACGGGUCGGCCACAAGGACAGGGUGUGGAGCAGGCAUAUUGAUCAAAACGCCCAAUGGUGAUCGGCUCGAAUAUGCGGUUAAGUUCUCGUUCCUAGCCUCCAAUAAUGAAUCAGAAUAUGAGGCACUUAUUCUCGGAAUUCAAAUGUGUCAAGCCGCGGGAGCCAUCUCUGUGCAUGCCAAGUCUGACUCACAGCUCAUUCUCGGACAAAUUCAAGGAGAUUUCGAGGCUAAGGAAGACAGUAUGAAAAUGUACCUUACAAAGGCAAGGAAAGUCAUCGACCAACUGCAUGAUUUCACCAUCCGACAUAUUCCCCGAUCAGAAAACCAACAAGCCGAUGCCCUCUCAAGGCUAGCAAGUUCCGCAGAGGGGAUGGAGCCUAGGACGAUCAUUUGGGAGGUGCUACAAGAGCCUAACAUAAAUGUCGAGGCACUCAUGAGCCUAGACAGAGGUCCAGAUUGGAUGGAGAAAAUCAUAAAGUUCAAAAGAGACAAUGUGCUCCCUGACAGUGAAAAAGAGGCGGCAUUGAUUAAGAAACAAGAAGAUUGGUUCCUCUGGCACAACGAGACUCUCUACAAGAUUUCAUACACCCACCCCUUGCUCAAAUGUGUUACCCCAGAGGAAGGAAAUUACAUACUCCGGGAAUUAAAUCAAGGGGCAUGCGGGAGCCACCAAGGGGCAAGAACCAUUGCAGGAAAAGCACUCCGAUCGGGCUUCUAUUGGCCAACUUUAAGAAAGGAUGCGACAGACUUGGUUAAAAGAUGUGGUCGAUGUCAGGAGUUUACUAAUCUCACUCGGAUGCCAGCCAAUGACCUAACAACCAUUGAAGCUGCUUUACCCUUCGACAGGUGGGGGAUGGACAUCCUCGGCCCAUUCCUAGUAGCCUCCGGUCAGAGAAAGUUCUUAAUUGUGGCUGUCGACUACUUCACUAAAUGGAUCGAGGCAGAACCUCUUGCAAAGAUAAGUGACAAGCAAGUGCAACAAUUCAUCUGGAGGAAUAUCAUCACAAGAUUUGGAGUCCCUCGGACACUCAUAUCAGACAAUGGUCGACAGUUUGACAGCAAAGCCACCAAGGGAUACUGUGAUCGCUUCGGCAUACAAACUCGAUUCACGUCGGUUUCAAGGCCCCAAAGCAAUGGCCAAGCAGAAUCUGCUAACAAGAUUAUCUUGAAUGGGCUCAAGACAAUGAUCGAGGGAUCUAGUGGUUCUUGGGUUGAUGACCUGCCUGGUGUCUUAUGGUCGGCUCGAACCACCGUCAAAGAAUCUACUAGGCAAACUCCUUUCUCACUUGUCUAUGGAAACUACGCCGUCCUUCCCGUUGAAGUUGGCAUUCCCUCACCCCGAGUCACUUACUAUGAUUACGAGAAAAAUGAAGCCGAAAAAAGGGUUAAUCUCGACUUGCUCCCCGAAACAAGAGGAAACACUCUGCUCAAGUCCAUUGCCUAUAAGCAGAAGAUUGCUCGGUACUUCAACAAGAGAGUUCGUCCUCGGCCAUUGCACGAAGGAGAUUGGGUACUGAGGAAAAUUGAGGCAACUGGCCGAAGAAGCACCCUCGGAAAAAUGGGACCUAACUGGGAGGGUCCUUACAAGAUUGCAAAAGUUAUCCGACCUGGCACCUACAACCUCGUCGACACCAAGGGGCAAGCAACUUCCUCAACCAUGGAAUGCCGACAACCUUAA